GGACAAAUAUCAACAACACCCGCUCAAAACUUCAUCUUCAUGCAUUGAUUUACCCCGAUAUGAGACUUCGAGGAAGUACCAGGAACCUACACACUACAAUGAUGCGCGUCUGAAAGCAAGUGAAAAUGAAAUUGAAAUGGACAGCAAUGAGGAGGCAUAUAUGGCAAUCUGAUUGUUGGUGUUCCAGUUGUGGGCUGAUGAACGAAACCAGUUCAAAUCACAAGAUUUCUCGAUCUGCAUUGUAUUGAAGUAUUAAUAAUUAGCAAGGUAUCCGACUCUGUUUCUGUCAGACAGACUGAAAUUAUACUGCUCAGGCCCAAUUUCUGUUGAUAAAGGCGACGUAUUCUUGGAGCUUGUGUGACUGUCGAUACUAUAGUGAUGCUACACAGGUUAAUCUGGCUGGACAAUAUGUUUGUAGCACUGCAGCAACAGCAACUAUCUUAAACGAUAAUUUAUGCCACGAACAAACUCUCCUCUCCCACAGCCAGUAUACUGCAUGGAAAUGUUUCGAUCACCACAACGUCAUCUUUUAUAGUGCCUCUUUUGCUCCAGCCAACAACACCGGGGUAAUCGUUGUGGCAAUGGUGAUUUUUUGGGUAGUCAUUUUGUACUGGUGAAGAGAGGAAGAUUUCGGAAGGAGGUAGCAGAGGGAAAUGUUGGUAUAGGAAUACUAACACUGGAAUCAACAGUAUAUACUAGUGGUAUGCGUUUUUUUUUUAAUGCAUACUACACACACACUCAGUAUAGGGUAGGUUAGUUCAAUGUACAGUGCAAUAAUUAUGCUAGUUAGUUCAAUGUUAAAGGAUCAGUGGCCUGUUAUCAGUGACUCACUGAUCACUAAAUCGAUUGGGAGGGAAGUUGCUUUUGAGGCCUUGCCUGCAGUUGAACGAGCUCCUCUGAUGGCUUGGAUUGAAGAUCUUAGGAGUGAGAACGAGAGGCAGUAUCUCAGCCAAUUCAUUGUGGAGGUAUAGGGUUGGGUUGGGUAUGAGUAAGGUGUUUGUUUUGUUUUCCCACUGCAAGAAGUAUGUGGAUAGUCAUACUCAUAGAUCUACUGAUAAAUCCGACUAGAAAAACAUUUGCAAUGUGAAAAAUUGCUAGGAUUGGCCAGGGGAACCACAAAAAAGCGUGGAAACAAGAAAUCAGACGAGAUACAAAGAGAGAAAAGGCUAAAUAAACUAUCUGUAUAGCCAGUUCCUUGAUGUGGCCUUUCCCUGCAGAGAUAGAACAGUUUGAACAUGAGUAAAAAAUAAUUGAAAUAUUGCUAAACAAGGGCAAACCCACUGCCAAUCCUAUGUAAAACCUACUGAUCACAGUAAUGAGGCAUAUGGCACAUCUGAGUGAUAGGCAAACAGAGGAAACUCUUGACUAGAUUUUUGCUACUGGACUGAAUCACAGUUUGCCUUAUACGAUAUUUGAGUAACUGGUCAUUGUCACCUCUCUGCAUGACAGGAAACCAUCCAAGAUUAUAUUGCAUUCCAUAGGCAGAGGCAAGUUUUCCAUGUAGAUAUCCACUUCUAUUAUAGAGUCUACAAGAAAUUUAAGCAGAUUGGUACAAAUGAGGUGCAGCACACUUUCUAUAAUUUCCUGUGCUUUGUUGGUGCUCCAGCAGCUGGUGUCUGGACAGCAGUGUGGUACAGUCGGUCGUGUGGGCAGUACAAGGACUGGUGAUAAUAGAGCAUAUAAUGAGUUCUACAUUGAUCGUGGUAAUCGUGCUGGAUGUGCUGGGAUGAUCACCUCACUCUCUUACUGUUUCCAUCGACCACCAUCGACUGCUCCAGUUGCUAACGAAUACCUGACUACAGUUGCUGUGUACAGACCAGCGAGUACCAAUGCAAAUGAGAAUAUGUUUACUGUUGUUUCUUCACCGAUCACAAUACAAAAGUCAGCAACAGACCUUGAAGCUGAAUUAAACGCUGCUGCUGAUACUAACUUCGCCUGCUCUGCAUUUAACCUACCACAACCAGUACCCAUGGAAACUGGUGAUGUUCUUGGAGCGUGUGUGUUUAACCCUGAUGACAUUACAACCUACCGUCUUGAUAUAGUCAGUAGAGCUGCUUUCAAUAAUGAAAACCUCGUGAGAACUGAUACACAACCUAGUGUCCCUGCUGGCUGCAGUGCCGCCACUACUGUGCCAGGUUCCUUUGAUGGAGGUGCAUUUGGUGCAAGACCUAUUACUGGAAGAUCUCUCCACCUCUGGGCAAACAUAGCACUCACACCUUUUACAACUACACCUGAACUAACUGAGGACACCACCACACUAGAAGACAGCACAACUGACAUGACCACAGCAAGUGGUCCACUGAUUACUAAUGGAGACUCUACUACAGCAGCCACAAACCGAGGGACAACGAGCAACCCUGAUGCCACCACUGCACAAUCCAUUGGUGGUGGGGGAGGUGGUUCUAACGUAGCAACCAUUGCCAUUGCUGUGGUAGUUGCGCUCAUUGUUGUGAUUGCUCUAGUCGCCAUACUGUUGGUAAUACUUGCGCUGUUAAGGAGACGAUCAAAAACAUUGGCAAAGAGUCUACACUCGACUAGUCUAAAGUCCAACAAGGCUUGUGGUGUUCAUGAUAAAGUUAACACAGAGGAGCCUCUUUAUGAUACCGUCACAGACUCUAGAGAGGGAAGAGAUAUAAUAGAAGGACACCUGUACAUCUCAGGACAAUUAGCAACAACAUGUAUUCAACAGCCCAUUGAUUUAAACCCCGGUGUGAUUUAUGAGGAAGUACCAGGACCUACACACCACAAUGAUGUUUGUCAGCUGAUACCUUUGACAAGUAACGAAGCUUACGGUGUACACAAAUCUAGAACUACUACAGAAACUCCCGGUGAAACAUGCUCACAAGACGUUGACCUGAAGUCCAACAACACAUAUGGAGUGAAAGGGGAGGUGCAAGUUGCUGCCAUUAAUGGGAGCACUGAUGCAGUGUACUAUAGUGUCAUUGGUCAGAUUCUGGAGAGACAGCAAGUGCAUGCAUAGAACUGAAUUUUAAAUGGAUAUACAGCAAUGAGACACAUGGCACAUCUGAGAGGGAUAGUGACUAUAAUUAUGAUAAUGCUAUUCUGUAAACUGAAUUACUUGAUCUCGUUUUAUCAUGUAACAACAGUUACUUAUAGUGCAGUGUUUAUUAUUGUACAUGCAAGUGCUGGUUAGAAUGCUUAUA